UCUAUUCUGAUUGGAUGCAUCUUUGAAAAUUUAAAACUGUGGUAUAUUGUCUUCGAUGUGUUAGAAAAACUGAACUUCCGUUUCCGGUUUUGAGUUGUUUUGACAAUCAAUAACCACUACGACUUGAAAGUAGUGUUUAUAUAAUAAUAGAAAUUCCGUUUUUUUUAGUUAUAAAUGAUUAAAACUAAAUAUACACUUUCAAAGUAACAUCCAAAAGUCAAUCGGUGUCCAUUAGUCAAAUUUGACUAAUAAAAACAAUGACUAAUGUAAGGCCUGUAUUAGUCAGAAUUUGUAUAACUUUUGAGUGGACGAAACUCUGAUACUGAAAUUUUGAAUUCUUGACACGAUGACACAAAAAUACAUUACGUGUUAUUCGUCAAAUGUUAAAGGUCACGCGAUGAUCUUUCACGCUCUUUAUUGGUAAUAAAUCAUAUUAUAAUGUCACAAAGGUAGAGAAUUGAUUUAAAUUAAACAUAAUUGACGAGAGAAUAGAUCAAAUGAGAUUUGCAUUUUACGAAACUUUAUUAUGAAUUAUUGCAUUUUCUAUAGAUUAGUUUAAUAAAUUUGUUUUUAAUCAGAUAAUUCCAUUAUAAUAUUAGAGAAGUAUAUAAUUGAAUUAUAACUAGAAGAUUGUCUGAGAAAAUUUGAGUCUUAAACAGUAAUGAAGGAAUUAAUUAAACAAUUUAAUUUCUGACGUCGUUUCCGUUAUAUUCAAUAGUAGUGAUGUCAGAAAUUAUGAACCGUUUUUAAAAGAAGUGACGUCGAAAAUUAACAUUCCGCUUUAUCCUCUUAAAUGAUGUAUCGGUUUUGAAACAAUUACCCUUGGUUUUUUUUUAUCCGCCGUAAAAAUUUGAAUUCACGUAAGAAAAAUAUUGAAAUUUAUACAUAUAAUAAAAUUUUAAUAACUUAAAUUACUAAUAAAUGAUUAUUUUAGGACGAGAUCUGUAGAGCCUUCAACGACUUGCAGCGUUUUCAAGAAGAGGAACAUGUGUGGAUCAUCCCGCGACCACCCAGUGGCGAUUUUCAUCUGUUGGUUACGUGGGCGGAAGACUUCGCACGUCUGGUCGACAGUACUCUUCCGGAAAGCGAAGAUUUAAUGGAAUCAACCCUUCCUUACCGAAAAUGUAAAUACGCCCCCGAAUGUCCACUUUUGAAACGUGUGAGGCCCAAGUCGAUGGAGGUUGCCACCUCUUGUCCCUCUUGUAUAGCAAACACCCAGAGGACGUACAGGCGUCAACUUUCCACUCCUCUAACGCGCGAUGUAGAAAUUCAAACUCAAUGGACGGACGUUUGCGACGGACGAUGGUUAACUUCUCUUACUAACGAAGACUUUAAGAAACUCUUCAAACAAUCCAGCAUAUAUUCUUUCGACAACUAUGAAGAUUCUUCAAAUGACUACGUUCGUGAAGAUUUUAAAGUUAGUGACAAUCGCGACGUAUCCAUUCAAGCGAAGUUAAGCGAGGAAGACAUUUUCGCCUCCGAAAUGAACUUCAAAAACGAAAUGACGUUCGAUUCCUGUGACCUGGAUUUACCAUUCGAAGAGGACCAAGAUUCCGAAUCCGAAGAGAUAGAAAGAUGCAAGUCUGAAGAAAAUCUCGCUAGAUCGGAAAUUCAGACGUGUAAGGAACAAUACAGUUCGUCACUUCCUAAAGAAUUCACUAGGAAACCACCAAUCAGAGACGUUCUUCCGAAUCGCUCGGCAUCAUUUUCUAAAGUGAGUCACACGGAACUUCGCGAUUUCAUGAAGAAGGUGGAAAGCAGCGCUUACAGGCCUCCGACUCCCGAAAAUAAAGAAGUAGAAACUGAAGACGUCACGGCGAUCGUAAUGCGUAAAGAUGCUGUCACUCAAACAACGCCUCAGCUGUCUAGAAAGUGA